GAAGGGCUGGAUUGGCGAACAUUGAAUCUGUUUUCAUGUCAAAACAAUUGUAGGUAUGUUAUUGAACCUAACUAUGGAGAAGUAUUAUCAACUUGAGAGCAAAGCUUCAAUCAAAUGAUACAAUAAGAUAAAAACAAAAUAGAAUAAUUGAUAAGACUGCCUCCGUCACCUAAAUUUUACAGCACGUUGAAGAUUUUUGUAGUCGCAAAAGUAUUCGGAAAUGUUGACAAUAACGAAGAAAAGAGUUUUGACCGACCUCUAAAAAUACCUACUUCCUCUUUCCAAAUAUAAAAUAUUAGUGAGAAACUUGUCUCAAUAGAUUGUAAAAAGACAAUAAACGAAAACAACGUUUGCAAUUGCUAAUGGAUGUCAUAGAACUUAGCUGUGUGUGGUGACGCUUAUCGAAAAUUGUUUACGUUUUUCUGUUUGAAACUGGGAGAGUGGCGUGCGUGCGGCAUAUGUAUCACCAACUCGAUGUAUGGAUCAAAUGCGGAGCGUAUAAAAGGCACGCGCCAAAUAGAUCCUGAUCAUUUUCAGUUUGAGUUUUCGCGGAUAAAGUCAUUUUUAUUUUGGAGUGAAAUAUGUUAGUAAAAAAGAUAUUUUUGCCAUUUCGCACGCGGUUUGAAAGAUUGAUAACAACACAGUUUUCCGAAAGAAGAGGCAUUUUAACCAAGGAAGUCAAUGAUAAUGGAUUGAUCAUUUUGAACCGGCCGGAAAAAUUGAACGUUGUGAACUUGAGGAUGAUUGAAAAUCUUGGCGUCGUGUUGAAUGAAUGGAAAGACACAAAAUCGCUGAUUAUUAUUAGAGGCAACGGAAAUAAGGCAUUUUGUGCCGGUGGCGAUGUAAGAGAUAUUGUCCAAAAUGGCGCAUCACACGGUAUGAAAAUUGCCAAAGCGAAUUUAUUGAACAAACAUUUGAUCAGAAAUUUAAAAGUGCCAUACGUCGCUCUUAUGGAUGGCAUUACAAUGGGAACCGGCCUUGGACUAUCGAUUCAUGGAAAAUAUCGGAUUGCCACCGAGAAUACAGUUUCAGCUAUGCCGGAGACGAUUAUAGGAUUCCUUCCAGAUGUUGGCGCUUCUUACUUCUUACCAAGACUCAGAGGGAAACUCGGCUAUUAUUUGGGGCUAACCGGGUCAAAACUUAAAGGUCAAGACGUAGUGCAUGCUGGAAUCGCAACGCAUUUUUGUGACAGUGAAAAAAUAAAAGAGCUGGAAUAUAGUUUGCUUCAUCUAAAUAAUCCCAGAAACGUUGAAAGCGUCAUAAAUGAUUUCUGUCCAAAAAUUCAGUCCGAAUUCAGUUUGGCGAACAAUCUCGAUCAAAUCAAUGAAUGUUUCGAUGCAUCUUCAGUUGAGGAAAUUCUGUGUAAAUUAGAAUGUGAUGGUAGUGAUUGGGCGAGAAAAACGACAAAGACUAUGCGUGCUUUAUCGCCAACAAGUUUGAAAGUAACACUGCGUCAAUUGAAUUUGGGAGCAAAUUUGUCACUUGAAGAAUGCUUGCAAAUGGAAUACCGGCUAAUAUUCCACUUCUUCCAAGAUAGCGAUUUCUAUGAAGGUGUUCGCGCCUUGCUGAUUGCCAAGGACAAACAUCCGAAAUGGAAUCCACCCAGCAUCGAAGAUGUUCCCACCGAACAAGUUCUGUCUUUCUUUGAACCUUUACCCGACAACGAUAGACUGCCAAUCAAAGAGAAAUUCCGAUCUCAUCUGUAGAAGUUCAAUGACCAAAGUAUUACAAAACUAUAACAAUAAGAUUUCUAUAUUGACUCUAUUU